UUUUUUUAAUAUUAUUUUCACAGGUCUUCUUUCAUGGCUCAUGUAGCAUUUUGAUGUUAGUGCUGCUGCCGUGUCCUAAGUUGUUGUUUAUAGGAAAGUGAUGAUGGAGUUUCAGGGCCUUACACAAUAAACAAACAGCUCGAUUUUAGAAGAGAGUGCUUUUCCCGAACUGUCUUAAAACAGUCGGUCAGACUCCACCUUUUUGGUCUACUGUUUUAAAUUUAUUUAAAUGUGAACAAUAUUGCUUCGACUACCAAGUCUCUUCUUUGUUGCUCACUGCACUGCACACUCACAAAAGUGUUAUCUUACAUUUUUCUGUAGAGAUUUGUACGUUAGUAUAUUAGUGCCUUCUCGAUCAGCUGGUAGACUUUGUGAACAUUAUUGGAUUGCCAUUUGUCUAAAGUUCACUGGCGCCGUAGAGGUAUCCAAUUGGGAGGUUAAACCAAUCAGAUUUCUGGACAUGUUUCGGAUCUUAGUGGACAUAUAAGCCUCGAAGUAGAAUCUUGUUUGUUCGAAACUGUAAUAUUCGGCAGACUUAAAAGCAUUGAACACGCAUCAUACGCAAGUGAAAAAUGAAUAGGCGUGUACAUCCAGUCUUUUACCCGAUCAAAUGUCCAAUCUUAGAUGCUCAUUAUCUACUUUGUUAUAAUGGAAGGAUGCCUUGAUCUUUGUAAUGCUGUGAACUCAUCAUGCUGCUAAUAUCAUCUCACUUACAAAGUUACUGUAUAAAAAGACGGUAAAAGUGAUAGGCUGUUGUGUUUUUUGUUUUGGAUCAAUUCCUCACGGGUGCUCGAUAGUAAAGUAUACCAGUUGUGCUUAAGCAGGUAAAACGGAUUGAGACAAUCAAUGGUUUUCUCGUUGGAUAGUUGCUUAUGGGUAAGCAACGUUUGAACAAUGGCCGCCAGUGGUCCUGUUGGUUAGAUAAGGGCAUGCAUAAUUCAUAAGCGGAAGAUAUUCAUUGCUUUGUCUGUGCAUCAAUUAGAAUCAAGGCUAGUAGUAAAAUAUUGUAAAGCAAAAUCAAUGAUGUCAAGUGGACACAACGGAAAAAGGUUACUUGGAUAGAAUAGCCAAUUGCUGUGUUAAUGAACUGCUAGAAAUCGAGUCAGCAACUCUACAGUAAAGUUUGAGCGUUGCACUAUGGCUCUGACAUUGUUUUCGUUAUUCGUUGAAUUUAAUUACCGUGCAGGAGGGUGUCAAUGUUUACCGGACAAUUUGUAUCCGCUGUACCCAAACUGGACUAUUACGCAUUUGCUGAAGUAAGCUGACGAAACAAGCAUAUUCUUUAUUUGAGCGUUCCUGUCCUUGGCUGUUGAUUAAAAGCCUAGUUCGAGCUCUUUGUGGAUCUUGGCGAUUGUUUUGCAACUUGAGCGAACUAAACACGGAUGGUGUUUGAUUUUCCUUUUUUAAUCUGAAAUUAUUGAUAGAUUUUCCGUGAGGAGGCAAAUUCAGUUUGAACUUUUAUGCUCUGAAACAACCAAAUCAAAGAAUAGGCAUUUUAUGUGCAAAUCUAAAAAGAGUACAUUCAGUUGACAAGAAUAAACCUGUGUUAUGGCAGGUACCACGAAGAAAAAGAACUUUGCCCGAAGCAAGAACUCAACUGAUGACCAUUCUUUAAAAAACGUUCAAAUUUUUAAGCCGCCUCCUUUCAGAUUCGGGAAGAUAGCUUAUAGCGAGGCGAAAAUGAUAUCACUUGAUAGGACGAGAUUGCCCACCAGUGCUUGUAGAAAUAAUGUCUCUACACUUUUGACAACUUCUAGUAAACCACACGGGCAACUGAAUCGGAAACUCUUCUCACUUCAGGAUAAUUUCGACAAAAAAUCAGGGGCACGCCGUAAGCAUGAUUCGCAUAGUGCCCCCGUUUCUUGCAAUCCAUUUAGCAGAGGUCGGUUAGAUGCGAAGAAGGGCGUGCUUCGAAAAGUUCAUCCUUCGGAUUCAAAAGAAUGCGUAAAUGGUGAGGAGGGUCUAAAGCCAGUUGAUAAAUCAGGCGGGUCCAGCCACUGUGGCGAUAAUGGUCUGAAUAAAGAAAUUGCAAACUGUGUUGAAAAUGAGGCCAAAUUAAGGCAUUGUCCAGUAACAGUCGAGAGCAAGGGUACUUCUACUUCUAAACAUCCUGGGCAGAGUUCGGCUUCAAAUGGCAAUAUUGGAGUAUGUGAUAGAGGCUCCACGGGCCUGUCGUCUGUAAUUGAGCAGAAAGGAACUUUAGAAGACAAAGAAUUAAAUGACAAAAAUAAAACUUUAAACUGCCAGGACAAAGAUCCAUGCAGCAAAGAAAAAGAUUUUGGGAAGGUAAAUACGAAAAGGUCGGGUGGAAGUACUCUAGUAAAGCAAAAGUCAAAGCGUGUACCAACGAGGCAUAUCAAGUAUGUGUCAGAACUAGACGAGAAGGUAAAAAACAAGUACAGGCGAAAUCAAAAUUGCGGAAGAAGCAAGGGUAGGGGAAAGGAAAAUAACCCAUCGGUCGGUUUGAAAGCUAAUACCAUUUCGACUAUUGGGAAAGAUUCAGUAGCAAAAGAAAACAAUGCUGGUGAAUUGCGCGGCCGCGAGGAAGGGAAAAAUAGCAACGAGAGGAGGAAAAAUGAUAAAGAAACUGUCAUUGUGAAAAAUGAGAAAGGCGAAAAAAUAGCUCCUGUUGGUAAAAUGGGAUCCAGGAACGUUGAGUCAUUUCUGGUCAGAAACGGUUUGAUUCCGAAAACUGCAAAUAGAACUCAAGAUGCCAAAGGGGGAAGGACUUUUCUACGAAAGAAGAGUAUAAGAGUGAUUGUAUCACGAAGCAGAACUAAAUCUCUACGGAAGUUAGAUAGUGCCAAUAGCACGGCAAAGCAGGUCAGAAAAGAGGGUUUGUCUAUUCAUAAGUUGACGACUUGCUGUGAUGCAACUAUUGCAUUCAAAGGGCCUGCUAAGGCGACUUUUUAUAAUCCAAUGGUCAACCGGCGACCAAAACUUCAGCGCCAGAAACAGUUAUUCCCCAAAGCUAAAGGAAAACAUUUCCUUCGCGCUGGGCAAAUGAAUACAAACAUCGCCACAUGGGCCCGGCUUCUAAAAAGAGCUGCCCCACCCACCUGCGCAGCGACAACUUUCAGCCCGAACAACACUUUGAAUACGACAUCUGCAAUCGACACAACGACAAAGGAAGUGACGCUGACAAGCUCACUUCCACGAAGUUCUGAGUCGGAAUCGUUUGGAUCAGGCUCAUUUUCGCCCAAAUCAAUUCGUAAAUCGCUGCAUGUGGAUGAAAAUCAGGAAAAAAUACCUGGCAAUGUAUCCCCGCGACCGGACUUGAGACCAAACUCACUUGAAAUACCGACUUUUAGAACACCUGUAGAAAAGCAGUCAGAUAAUUCGAACAAUGUGAAUGCAACGCAGCCAGACACACCGACGUUGCUACCACCGCCUGUGCCCGCACAUGCAAAUAGAAAGUCAUCUCCGAAAAAUGAUCGACGAUUAAAACCAGAUACAAACAAAAAGGAAAAGCGCAAAAGUAAACACCAGAUGUCGAUGAACGACUUCAGAUGUAUAAGUGUUCUUGGAAGGGGUCAUUUCGGAAAGGUACUGCUUGCGGAAUACAAAAAUUCGAAGGAACAUUUUGCAAUUAAAGCUUUAAAGAAGGGAGAUAUUAUUUCAAGAGAUGAAGUCGAAAGCUUGAUGUCUGAGAAAAGAAUAUUCGAAAUCGCAAACUCAUCGAGGCAUCCAUUUUUGGUGAAUUUAUUUGCAUGCUUUCAAACAACAGAACAUGUUUGUUUCAUAAUGGAAUAUGCGUCAGGCGGCGACUUGAUGAUGCACAUCCAUGCCGACGUAUUUUCAGAGCCAAGGACUGUAUUCUAUGCUGGCUGCGUUGUGUUAGGGUUGCAGUUUUUACACAAUCAUGACAUCGUUUACAGGGACCUGAAGUUAGACAACCUUCUACUGGAUAGUGAUGGUUUUGUUAAAAUCGCAGACUUUGGUCUUUGCAAAGAGGGUAUGGGUUAUGGCCAAAGAACAGGGACUUUCUGUGGUACUCCUGAAUUCUUGGCACCAGAGGUUUUAACAGAAACAUCGUAUACUCGAGCUGUAGACUGGUGGGGUCUAGGUGUUUUGAUUUUUGAAAUGUUGGUAGGAGAGUCUCCAUUCCCUGGUGACGACGAAGAAGAAGUUUUCGAUAGCAUUGUUAAUGAUGAAGUUAGGUACCCAAGAUUUCUUUCCAACGAGGCGAUUGCCUUAAUGCGACGGCUAUUACGAAAGAACCCAGACAGGCGACUAGGUUCCAGCCCCCGUGAUGCAGAAGAUAUUAAAAAGCAACCUUUCUUUAGGGACUUGCGGUGGGACGAUCUGUUGAACAGACGUGUUAAACCCCCGUUCAAACCAAAAGUGAAACAUGCAGAGGAUGUUAGCAAUUUCGAUGAAGAAUUUACUUCUGAAGACCCUGUUUUAACCCCCGCUAAGGAGAAAAAACGAAUAACCGAUUCAGAACAAGCACUGUUUUCAGAGUUCAACUACACGGCCGACUGGUGCUAGUGUGAUACCUAGUGUUGCACUGGUAAGCGACCAUUGAAAGCAGAAACUAUUGAAAACAGAACUUGUCUUGGCCCUGUCGUCUGGCCCUGUCGUCUGGCCAUGUGGUCUGGCCCUGUCGUCUGGCCAUGUCGUCUAGCCCUGUCGUCUGGCCCUGUCGUUUUGCCCUGUCAUCUGGCCCUGUCGUCUGGCCCUGUUGUCUCCAUUAUGCUGAAGCCUGGAACAUGGUGAUGGCAAGCUGCUCAUAUAAGCUGCUGUUCGUACACCAGCCUGUAUUUAACAAACAGAAUGAAAUUAUUUACCAAAAUUGUCUGUUCGCAGAUUAUCCAAAUUUGAUAGUCGGCUAGUUCAGUGAAGUUUUUACGCCUUUUCGCCCUUGUGUAAUCCACUCACUUUUCUAAGUGUAACUGUAAAUUCCUGCCUGUUUAAUAUUUGACAUACGUAUCAUCCGCCUUCACCGCUUUCUUUAUCUUUCCAACCUUUAACUAGUGAUGAAAUUCAUCCAUAAUUUAUCUUAAUUUUUCAUGAUUUUUUAACUGAGUAAAUUUUUUUUGAAUCAGCAAGUUCUAGGUUUAUAAUAAAUUCGGCUUGAUAUUUUAGCAGUUGGAACAAAUGAUGUUGUGAAAGCUCUAAUUGUCAUUUUCGAAUUUCUGCGAGUUAAUAUCAGUGGAUGGAAGCCUUUUGCACUAUUUCAUAGAAACUUAUCUUGUCUAUAAGAGUAACAACUGUACAGGUUUUCGUUGACCAAAAACGAUUUCAUAGGACGACUGUUGCAAUUAGCAAAGACCCUAUUUUGAAUUUGGUGUUUAUAAUGAUAAUUGUUAACAAUGUAUGAAUGUAGAUGCCUUGCCUGUUUUAUACUUGUAUGUUCAUUGUAAGUUCCUAAUUCGAAGGAAAAA